UUGGAUAAUCGUGAAAUAUUUCUCUCAUGUAAUUUUAAGGUUAACUCAUCAAAUAAUAUGAAUAUAACAAAAAUAUCAAAAUGUUUAAUAAAUUAUCGAUCGAUUCAACAUUUAAGAUCGAUAAAAACAGAUUCAACAAAAGUUGAGUCAUUAACAGACACAGAAUUAAUUGAAAAUGCAGUUUUAACCGUGGAAGAGGAAGAAGAUAAUUUAUUACGAGAACAAGAAAUUGAAAGGAAAAGGAAUAAAUCAAGAUUAAAUACUCAACAUCGUAAUAUGUUGCAUGAAAUAAAACCUUACGAUGAGCCCCAAUCUUGGAUUCACGAAACGGUUAAGUAUCAACGUACUAUGCUUGGGCGUUAUGGUUUAAAUAGUGGUGUUCAUCCAGGUAUAUGUUGGCCAACAAAACAAGACAUUUUGGAAGCUGAAGAAUUUGAGCGAAUUUCUCAUCCGCACACAAUCCCAGAAAUGGUUAAAAUAUUAAACGAACGUAAAGAAGCAGAAAAAUUAGCACAACAGAAACGACAAGAAGAUAUCGCGAAAAAAGUUUUAAAAAUCGAUCAAUGGAAAAAAGAGUUAAAUGAUAAAAUUGCAAAACGUGAAGCUGAUGCUUUAAAUGCUAAGUUACGUAAAGAUCGAUUGGUCGAAGAAGUACGAAGACAUUUCGGUUUUACAAUUGAUCCACGUGACGAACGCUUUAAAGAAAUGUUGGAAAAGAAGGAGAAAGAAGAGAAAAAGAUGUUAAAGGAGGCUAAGAAAAAGGCGAAAGAUGCAAAAAUGAUUGCAAAAUUACAAGAGAAACAAACUGAAGAGACGACACAAAAUGAAAGUAAAUCUAUAGAAAAUACAACAAAAGAUAAUUUAAGCUAGAGUUUUUAAAAGAUUU